AUGCUUCCUUCAACUCGCACCACCAUUGACUCAACCCCGCGACGACACAUACAAUACCGACUCUACUCUGCCAGAAAGAUGGGUUCGCAACCGGAACAGAUCAAGGAGAAUGGACACCGUUCCUCCGAAGAAGUGAUCGCACAUUUGGGCUUCACUCCUAUGGUCAAGGUCGACGGCCAAUGGACUGUUGACAAGGUCGUCAAGGAGAUUCCCGGUGGUGCGCCUGCUGAGGAGUCCUCGUCACCGCUUCCCUUUUUCCACAUGCUCGAACGACUCAAGACGACCAAGCGUGAAGGAUGGAGGCGGUUUGGCAUUUCUAGGGGAGAGUCUAUUGCCGACCACAUGUAUCGCAUGUCGAUGAUCUCCAUGUUCGCGCCACCCUCCCUCGCCCCCAAGCUCGACCUCGCCAAAUGCAUGAAGAUGUGCCUUAUCCACGACAUGGCCGAACUACUCGUUGGCGACAUCACCCCAGUCGAUGGCGUCCCCAAGCCCGAAAAGAGCCGUCGCGAAUCCGAUACCAUGGACUUCUUGACAAAGAACCUGCUAAGAAACGUCGCCGGAGGUACGACAGGCGAGGACAUCCGCGCUAUCUGGCAGGAAUACGAGGACUCCGAAACGCUCGAUAGUCACUUUGUGCACGACGUCGAUAAGAUGGAGCUCCUCCUGCAGAUGGUCGAAUACGAGAAGCGCGGCGAGGGUAUACUAGACUUAGGCGAGUUCGCGUAUGUCGCUACCAGGAUGCAUCUGCCGGAGAUGAAGGCCUGGGGCCAGGAUGUUCUCAAGGAGCGGGAGGCUUUCUGGGGAAGCAAGAAACAUGUUAACGGCGAGGACGGCACCAACGGAGGUGUCACUACUGAGCGAAAGGGUCAGCAAGAUGACUACUACAACAAGGGUUGA